AUGGUGUGCCCGAAGGCGCUGGGCGCCUGCACGCUGGCGCUCCUGCUCCUCCUGCAGCCUCGCGCGGCCCUCGGCGACGCCCUGGACGACCUCAUUGGCGGCGUGGAGGAUGUCGUGAACCUGGUGGCCCGCAGCGCGGCGGAGACGUUCAAGGACCGGUUCCCAACCGUGGCGGCCUGCGAGUGCUCUCGUCACGCGUGUGAUGGCCAGUUCGACACCGGCGGCACGUGCAACCAGGAGCUGGGGGACUCCGCGCUGUGCGGCGGCUGCGCGGGGCAGAAGCUCGACUUCCAGAAUAGCUUAAUAUUAACGCCCCCAAGCGCAGAUAAUGGCAAUAUGGAGCCCGGUGUGAAAGAUUCAAUCUGCACUUUUCGGGGCAUGGAUGAGGUGUUUGCACAGGCAAAAGAGGAAUUCGGAAUCAGUGCCUGGACAUACAUUGCCACUACAGAUGGUGUCAUGAGGACAUGGCCGGGCCAUGCCAUGGCCCGCGAAGGGGGAAACUGCAUACCAUAUGAUCCGCGCCUUCGUCCAUGGUAUGUUGCAGCCACCAGUGGGCCGAAAGAUGUUGUGCUGGUGAUCGACACAUCAGGGAGUAUGCUGACAGCCGACAGUGAAAUUUUUGGAGACUUCCGGACAAGAUGGCAGAUAACCAAGGAAGCAAUCCUUGCACUCUUGGGUACAUUUGGUAUCUCUGACUAUGUCAACCUCGUGGGAUUCAACAGCAAUGUCAAAGUGCUUUUGACAAACAAACUGUUCCAAGCAAAAGAGCAAGAAAUUGCCCUGCUGCGGGACGAAGUUGAGAACUUAGAGCCUCUCGGAGGGACAGAUUUCCGGCUGGGAUUGAAUGUUGCUUUUGAUCUCCUCAUCAAUGCGACGAGGACCAGCAUAGAGAAUGAGCAGCCCACCAGCUCCCGCUGCCAGAAGGUAAUUCUGUUUCUGACGGACGGCCAGGAUUGUACGAUCACUGACGCUCCAUGCGCGAUGCCAGUGGGUGAAAACGAGACUGGGGUGGACUCAGUGCUGAAUUUCAUCGAAAAGAAGCAGACACUGCUGGAAAAUGCAGGGAGCCAGCGAGCACAUUUGUUCACCUUUUCGUUCGGCUUAGAUGCAGACGAUGAAAUCCCAAAGGAGAUGGCGUGCUCAAAUGAGGGAGCCUGGAGCCGCAUUUUACCUGGUGAUGACCCAUUGGUCAAAAUGAAUGCCUACACCUCCUAUCUGGCGUCAAGAAGAGGAGAAGCCGACGUCAUUUGGUCCCGAACCUAUGAUGACGCCUUUGGCUUGGGCACUGUCAUCACGGCUGCCAAGCCAGUGUACGGUCCGAUAACAUCCACUGGUGAACCAGGGGGGCUCAUUGGUGUGGUGGGGCACGACGUGAGAAUUUCAGACUUUAAUGAGACUGCCCCAGGAUUCCAGAGGGUAAUUGGGCGAUUCAUAUCCCGAGGCACACAGUGCAUUCCCAUCCAAUUCUCAGGGUGUGACCUGCAGCUGCCGCGGGGAACUGAGGGCCAAUGCCCAGAGAUUUUCGACGAAGCUCAGUGCUACUUCUUCCAAGAAACUGGGGACUACUACAUUGCACCGCAGACACCAGUGCUGGACUUCGCUGGAGCGCAGGAAUUCUGCAGGGAACGUGGGGGAUUCCUUGCAGAAAUCAACGAGAGGCUGGAGGAGGAGCUCCUGUCGGGGAUAGCCUCCAAUGCUGGGUCGUGGGUUGGCUUGACAUUCAAUGCCAGCGUGUCCGAAUGGGUUUGGUCAGAGAGCGGAAGAGUGGAAGAUACCAGGUCCGACAUCUGGACUGUGCUCAGUGAUCCGACUGGAGGUUUUGGCAGAAGGUGCGCCACCAUUGAUCGGAGGGGUGUGUUGAACAACGUCCGCCCAGAGGACUGCACUGCCAAGAGGCGUGUCAUCUGCGAGUUCGUGGGACCUAAUCCCCCAGCAGAGUGUUCGGAGGCUGACACAAUCAGAGUUGAUGAGAAUUAUGUGUACAACGUGCGACCCCUGUCCACAUGCCGCCCAGAGGAGGAGAGCCUGCGGGAUGCCACAGCCAUCAGUCCAGCAGCUAACACCUUAGCCAAUGAGAAGGUUGUCUGUCCCCUUCAGCAAACGACCGCCACCACUGUUGAAGUUCGCUGCUGCGACGACUGCAGGCUGUAG